UUUUUCCAGCCUCUCUGGGGAUCGCGGGUCGCCUGUAUUUAAAGGUGCCACGUUGCUCUGCCGCCGUUUCAUUUCGCGCUGUGAGCCUUGCGGUGCGGCGUAUUCUAAGGAGGGCCGCCGGGGGACCCAGGAAUCCUAGAAAUGGACCCAGUGGCCUUGGAAGAUGUGACUGUGAACUUCACCCUGGAGGAGUGGGCUCUUCUGAAUCCAUCCCAGAAGAAACUCUACAGAGACGUGAUGCAGGAAACCCUCAGGAACCUGGCCUCAAUAGGAGAAAAAUGGGAAGACCGUAACAGUAAAAGUCUAUAUGAACAUCAUCAGACAAAUCUAAGCAGGCCUGUGGUAAAGAGACCCUGUAAAAAUAAAGAAGGUGGUCUGUGUGAAGAAUCCUUCAGCCAGAAUCCAAAUCAUAAGCAGAUAAAGAAAACUCCUACUGGAAUAAAGCUACGUAAAUGCAGUUUCUGUGGACAAGUGUUCAGGCAUCAUUCAUCCUUUAGCAGGCACAUGAUCUCUCACACUGGCCACAAACUGUAUGAGUAUCAGGAAUAUGAAGAGAAACCUUACAAAUGUAAGGAAUGUGGGAAAUCCUUCAAGCAUCGCCAAUCCAUUCGAGUACAUGUGAGGACUCACACUGGAGAGAAACCGUACAAAUGCAAGCACUGUGGGAAGGCCUUCAAGCAUUGCCAGUCCAUUCGAAAGCAUGAAAGGAUUCACACUGGAGAGAAACCCUACAAAUGCAAACAAUGUGGAGAAACCUUCCGGUAUCGCCACAACUUUCAGAAACAUGAGCGAACUCACACUGGAGAGCAGCCUUACAGAUGUAAGCACUGUGGGAAAGCCCUGAGUUGUCUCAGUUACUGUCGAAUUCAUGAAAGGACUCACACUGGAGAGAAACCUUAUGAAUGUAAGCAGUGUGGGAAAGCCUUCAGUUAUGCCAGUUACAUUCGAAUCCAUGAGAGAACUCACACUGGAGAAAAGCCCUAUGAAUGCAAGAAGUGUGGGAAAGCCUUCAGUUGUCCAAAUUACUUCCGGAAACACGAAAAGACUCACACUGGAGAGAAACCCUAUGAGUGUAAGCAGUGUGGCAAAGGCUUCAGUUGUCCCAGAUCCUUUCGAAGUCAUGAAAAGAGACACAGGGGCGAGAAGCCCUAUGAAUGUAAAAUAUGUGGUAAAACCUACAGUUGUCCAAUCUACUUUCGAAAUCAUGAAAGGAGACACAGUGGAGAAAAAUCCUAUGAGUGUAAAAUAUGCGGUAAGUCCUUCAGUUGUCCAAAGUAUUUUCGGAAACAUGAAAGAAGUCACACAGGAGAGGAACCCUGUGAAUGUAAUGAAUGUGAGAAUACCUUGAGCCCUCUCACCGUAUUUCAAAGACACGUGAUGAAGCACAGCGGAGAUGGACCUUACAAGUGUAAGGAGUGUGGGAAGGUCUUCGAUUGUCCCAAUAACUUUCGAUGUCAUGAAAAGAUACACAGUGGAGAAAAGCCAUAUGAAUGUAAGGAAUGUGGCAAAGCCUUCAGUUCCUCCAUGUCCCUUCAAAAUCAUGAGAGAAGUCACAGUAGGAAAAAACCUCAUGAAUGUAAGGAAUGUGGUAAAGCCUUCAGUUUUCCCUGUUCCCUUCAAAAACAUGAAAGAAGUCAUACUGGGGAGAAACCGUAUGAAUGUAAGCAGUGCGGGAAAGCCUUCACUUAUCUCAGUUCUAUGCAAAAACAUGAAAGAACGCAUAGCGGGGAGAAACCCUAUGAAUGUAAGCAGUGUGGGAAAGCCUUCAUUUAUCUCAGUUCUAUGCAAAAACACGAAAGAACUCAUAGUGGAGAGAAACCCUAUGAAUGUAAGCAGUGCGGGAAAGCCUUCAUUACUCUCUCUAACGUUCAAAGGCACAUGAUCAAGCACACUGGAGACGGACCCUGUAAGUGUAAGGAGUGUGGGAAGGCCUUCGAUUGUCCCAGUUCAUUGCGAACCCAUGAACGUACUCACACUGGGGAGAAACCCUAUCAGUGUAAACACUGUAGUAAAGCCUUCACUCGUUCUAGUUCUUUACGAAACCAUGAAAGAACUCAUAAUGGAGAGUAGCCAUGUGAAUGGAAGGAAUGUGGAAAAUUCUUCAGGCCCAGUUAUUCUUGAAUACACAAAAUAACUGGAGAGAAAACUAAUGAACACAAACAAUGUGGUAAAGUCUUUACUCCCUAUGAUGUUCAUAUACAUGGAAUUCAUACCAGAGAGAAACUCUCAAUAUAGGGAAAGUUGUGGAAGCUGUCUUUUGAUCACACAGUCUUUUGAGGACAUGUGAGUGCACACAGGGGAGAAACCAUAUAAACGUAAAGAAUCAGGGAAAGCCAUCCAUGCAUUUCCAUGGGAAGCCAUGGAAGAACUCACACUGGAGAGAAUUCUGUUGAAUGUAAACAUUGUAGGAAAAUUCACUUGCCCCACCCUCCUAAAAAAACCACAUGAGAGUAUAUAAUGGAUAGAUACCUUAUAAAUGAAAAAUAAGGGAAGCUUUUUAAUUUAAAAAGAUAUGUUGAAAGUCAUUUGAAAAAUGCACUGAAAGAAACAAUGUAAGUAAUAUGGGUAAGCCUGGUGCAAAUUACUGUAUAAUAAGUACUCCCCCAGAUUCAUGACAUGAAAGAAAUGUUAUUAACGUGAUGCAUAUGUUGUCUUCAUCAAUGGCUUAUUCUUCAUUCUCCAGUUUUACUGAGAAAAGUUGACCUAUUACUGAUAAGCUUAAGACAUGUUGCCUGAUGGUUUGAUUUACGUACAUUGUGAAAAAGUUACAGUGGCUCAUUCUUAAAGUGAUUCUCUGUUUUGCAGAUUUCUACUUAGUUUUGCAAGGAAACAUUGAGGUGGGAAAAUAGUGUAGGUUCUCACUUAGCAGUGGUUUCUAAGUUUAACGGGUAAUUUUCUCCCCUCAGUGAAACACUGGUGUUUCCAUUUUGAAGACUCUUUCAUCCAUGGAUGAACUGAAGUGUAUUUGUUAACGUGCAAAUGUUUAAUUUUUAUAUAAUUUUUUCAUUUUUUGGGGUAAGGAUACGACUGUUGAGUAAUGAAUGACAUGUUACCCUUAAAAAUAAACUGCCAAUUAUUUUACCAGCAAAAAUGGGUUUAUAGCAGAGAAUGCAGUUCAGGACAAGGAAGCUACAUAAUGCCAUAGGCAAUUGUGGAGAACAAAGGAGAGGAAUGCUCUCCUGUAAGAGAAAGGGGACUUGGAAGGGGCUGUUAUGAACAAAACAUUGGUUGGAAUAAACUGGGAAGUUCAAAA